AUGGCUCCUCUAUCACAAAAGAAGCGUAAAGUUGAAGAUGGGAUGCGUGGGAAGACCGAGCGACCGAAGAAGCGUUUUCGCAAACAAGUCGAGUACCACAGCUCAAGUGACGACGAGGAGGAACAAGAAGAACAAGGAUUCACUCCCGUGAAUUUGGACGAUAGCGACGAUGAGCAACCCGCAGUGAAGAGGGCCAAGUCAAAACCGAAGACGCCACCCCCUGCUGAAGGGGAUGAUGCAUCUGAUGCACACACAGAAGACGAAGACCAAGAGGCGCAGCCUGACGAAGCUGGGACUUUGGACGAGGACAGCACGGAAGAAGGCCCUCAUGAGACAGACAGACGGAGAAAAACAAGCAAGAGGAACGACCCGGAAGCGUUUUCUACCUCGAUAUCAAAAAUCCUGUCGACCAAGCUGUCACAAUCAGCUCGCAAAGACCCCGUCCUAUCGAGAAGUAAGGAGGCGGCGGAAACGAGCGCCUCCCUCGCCAACGACCGCUUGGAGAAAAAGGCAAAGGCCAAAUUGAGGUCAGAUCGCAAGGAAGAGCUGGAACGAGGAAGAGUCAAGGACGUUUUGGGCCUCAGUUCGGGACAAGCGGGCGAGGUGGCCGAGGAAGAAAAGAGGUUGCGGAAAAUCGCCCAGCGUGGUGUGGUCAAGCUCUUCAACGCCGUCCGCGCCGCUCAAGUCAAAGCUGAACAGGUGGCCAAGGAGGAGCGGAAGAAGGGGACUAUAGGAAUGGCAAACCGCGAGGAGAAGGUCAACGAGAUGAGCAAGCAGGGAUUCUUGAAUCUACUCGCAGGAAAAAAGGACGCUCAGAGCACAUCGGUGCAAUAG